AUGUGCCAUGAGAUGGAGAUUUUGGAAUUUAGUUUCGAGGAUAACACUAUUCCUCCAGUUAAUCAUACCGCAACUUUGAAAAGGACAUCUACAAAAAUGUUAUCCAAGAAAAAACUGUCUACAAAUAUUGGUUAUGAGGUAUGGCGUGGAAAAAUUCAGAAGGGUUCUGUUAAAGAUAUAAUUCAAGAUCCCAAAUUACGUGAAAGUGGUAUUAUAUCUGGACAGAUCGCAAUGGAUACUCAAGAACGUGAAAACUGGUCUACGAAGGAUUUGAAUCAGGAGGAUUUGAACUUCAAUGAAAUUGAUGAAAAUGUUUUGAGUAGUGUUCUCACUAUGGAAAAUAAAUACGAUUUAGCAGCUGUUACAGAAACAGAGAUUAUAAAAGAUAUACAAAGCCAUUUAGAAGAAGUAAAAUUGACAGACAAUUGUUACCAGCGAACUUCAACCCCUGUAUUGGAAAGACGGCGUUGUACAAUACAACAUUCGCGGAAGGGUGGUUAUGAAAAAUGGUGCAAUCGUCUUGAAAAAGCAAAACCAGCCUUUAAAGUUAGAGGGAUUUUAUUUCCACCUAAAGACAUAGUUUCUGGAAAUUUAAUACUAUUCUCAAAUGAAGGAGAAUCGUACACAGAUUCCAACGAGAAAAAUCCUGCCAACGAACGGUUAGACUAUCACAGUGACACAAUGAAAAAACUUUUGCUAUCUGUCGUGAGCGAUCACUGCAAGUCACUGCUGAAGAGAACCAGAAGUUUGGUUAAAUAUAAUAAUAAAACUAAACAUUCCCAUUAUAAUUUGAAUUAGUUCA